AUGGAAGACAACCAUAAAGAUGUUCUUGCCAGGAGUCAGUCGUGGGCCGUCAUCAGACCCGUCGAGAGGCUGACCUCCGAGAGAAAAGGAAGCGUCGCUAAUGGAGAAGAUGAAGACUCGGCCGCUGUUCCGAUUCAAGAGGCACAAAGCUACAAACUUGACAAGACGUCGGAAGCGGCCGUUGUCCGGCGACUAAUGGAAACACUGACGGAACAUCAGCCGUCAACGGACACUGGCCAUUCUGCCGCAAGUUUGAAGGUCCAUUUUCGCUGCUCGCUGGACGACAUCAGCAACGAUAACGACGACAAGGACAACUCGAGUUUGAACGAUGGCGCUGCCGGCGAUUGCUCUUACCGGAGCCACUCGGCAGAAGCGACUUCUUGGAGCGCCAGUGAAAGCGACCUAACCGGACCGGUAGGUGAGGAUGAGGAUGACGUCAACUUGGCACCCGACGGAGGUUGGGGAUGGGUCAUAGUAGCGGCCAGUUUCGUCAUCCAUUUGAUUGCCGAUGGAAUCACCUUUUCCUUCGGAGUCAUCUACGCUGAACUGCUUGACUAUUUCCAAGAAUCUAAGGGCUACACUGCAGUCAUUGGGAGUUUGUUUAUGGCGACUCCGCUACUUUCCGGGCCGCUUGCCUCAGCACUGACAGACCGAUUCGGUUGCCGGGCAGUUACAAUCGCAGGAUCUAUCGUAGCAGCCAUAGGAUUAUUUCUCACUUCACUGUCCAAUUCGGUGGAAGCAUUGUUCCUGACGUUCCUAAUCGCCGGAUUGGGGCUUUCGCUGUGUUACGUGGCAGCCAUCGCUGUGGUGGCUUUUUACUUCGAUAAACGUCUCUCGUUAGCCACGGGAUUGGCGGUAUGCGGCAGUGGUAUUGGUACUUUUAUUUUUGCUCCCAUCACACAAUACCUCAUUAACGAGUACGGCUGGAGAGGCGCUAUGCUAAUUUUAUCCGGAAUCUUCCUCAACAUUGUCAUCUGUGGCGCUUUAAUGAGAGAAAUUGAAGGACCCGGUGGAACUUUGCGCGGAAAUGCCAAGGGAAAAAUUAGUCGUUCGACUUCGGCAGAACAGACAUCCACCGGCUUUCGGUCACGUAACUGCAGCGAGAGUGACACGGAACAUCAGCGACUGUCCAGCGAUUCACCUGCAGUUCUAAUGGAAAUUAAAGCAGCCGCAGAUUCCACUUUUCUUGAAUUUGAACGCGACGACGACACAAGGCUUUGUAAUUCGCUCAUAAAUCUGCCGACAUUCUUGCGGCAUGGUGACAAAAUCCCGCACGAAGUUUUGAUGACCAUUACAAAUAACCCUCGCCUCUAUGGAAUUGUGCUGGCCAACUAUCCGACUCUAUUCGACGGUUACGUAGUCAACGAAAACAAAGAAGCGGAGCGGUCGAUAACUACCACCGAGAAUUCGCCCAAAAAAUGCAAGGAUCCCAUCAAUUCCAAGGACGCGGCCGCCGCCUUAUUGACCAGCAAAGAAACAGUACACCCUCACGGACACCCUUGGCACACUGCUUACCUGAACGGUUUGAAAAUUAAAAAACGGUCGUUAACUUACCGCGGUGCAAUGCUCAAUCUGCCACGCUAUCGGCUACGGGCCUCUUCCUGUCCAGAUAUUUACCGCAAUUCCAUCACAACCAUCGCAAGGGAAAAGGAAGGAGCCUGCUGGGACUAUUUGGAGGAAUUGCGCGAAGUGUUCAUGUUCGAUUUCUCUUACUUGUCGAACCCGAGUUUCGUCAUGUUUGCCAUUUCUAAUGGACUUCUCUAUUGUUGCUACCAUGUCCCGUACAUUUAUUUGACGGAUUGGGCGAAAACCCAAGGACAACCCAAGGACGACGAAUCAUUAGAAGAAUUUUUAUACAACACUCCGUCCGGACAAUCCGAAGAGCCUUCUUUUCUAUUGUCGAUUGUGGGCAUUCUCAACACGUUAGGAGUGAUUAUUGUGGGCUAUCUUGGGGAUCGAUCCUGGGCCAACCCCACUUGGAUAUACUCCGCGAGCAUGUUACUGUGUGGACUGUCUACGGCUGUUGUCCCUCUUCUACCCGGAUCCCCCUGGUUGGAAAUAGCGGCUGGCCUUUUCGGAUUGAGCAUUGCAGCCAAUUAUUCACUCGUCUCUGCCAUUCUAGUCGAAUUGAUCUCGCUUGAACGCUUUGUCAACGCUUACGGUCUACUUCUUCUCUUCCAAGGAGUCGCCAAUUUGAUUGGACCGCCGUUAGCUGGUUGGAUCAGUGAUUUGACCGGCUCGUACGAUUUAUCAUUUUACAUUGCCGGUAUUUUUAUCGUUCUCUCGGGAGCUAUUCUAGUCCUUUUGCCAGUCUCCCAGCACAUCAAAUCGCGCAUGUCUGCCGCCAACGUUGCAGACAGUCUAGAGACGGGAAUGCUGGCUAAAGAAGAGAAUCAGCAAGGACGGACGAUUCAAACGUACAUCAAAACGAAAGAUUCAAACAGACUAGGUCCAUCCGACAAGAGCACCCCCAUUUAGAGAACCCGCAGUUUCCGCAAGGCGACAAGACACACCUCUCAUUCUCUCUUCUACAUUGUUAACGUUUGGCCGCUCUCUCUCGUUUCUUAGCGCGAGCAGUAGCACGUGAUUCAACUUAGUGAUGGAUUUUUUCGAUUCCUUCCGAGCACUUUCUAGAACGACGAUGUUUUUUUUUAACGCUAGCUCGUGUAAGUGCUCCCCAAAGGAGUUUAUUCUUAAAAUUCCUCAUGUUUGGCCUUCGCACUUCCUUAAUCGAGUUUAACGAGUUUGCCUGAAAUUCUUUUUAAACAAAUUCUCCGAUUUAUACAGCAUGUAUGCAUAUUGACGAUUCAAAGGACAUUUAUACUUCAUUUUGAUGAUUCCAUCUUAUACCCAUCUUUAUCCCCAUCCCAAGACCCAUUUGCUGAAUUUUGCAUUUAACGCCCUUUUCGAUACAUUUUCAUCGAACUCGGAAACAUAGUACACAAUUUCAACUACA